GACCACCUGAAGUUCUGAAGACUCUAUCUCCGCCCCAGUGGUUCUAUAUCGUAUUAAACAAAUGUUCUGAUUAGCAUCUUUAAAACAUGAGCGCUCACAGUGGAGCUCCAAACGCCUUUUGUGCGACAUGUCUAAGCCAGGAUAGGCAAAUGUUUACACCGCCGUUACACCACAUCAGACCCGUUUCUAUGUUCUAUAAAGAUUUGACGCUGACAGAAAACGACAAGAUAUGCUGGGAGUGCAACCAUUUUGUUAUAAAAAUGGUCAACUUUAAAGACAGAGCCCUAAAAGCACAGCAUACUCUUGCAGCCAUGAUAAAUAAACAACCGACCUCACUCCAAAGUCUAUCCAAACUAACAAUAUCCAAUCGCCACAACUUGGAAAUAACAAACCCACCAAAAAAAACAGAACCUACAGAACACCGAGAUCCCCUUCUUAUAGAAAGAUUAAAAUCCGAGCCCGACCCAGAUAAUGUAGCACCAAGUGAAUGGAACAUGGACCCUGAUCCCGCGGAACCCGGAGAUACUGAUGGAAAAGUUAUGUUUGAAGUGUAUGAACAUGAAGUUAAUCCACCGGAAAGGCUUGUGGUUAAAAUUGAACCUCUACCUGAUAGACAUGAAAAUGCUGAAGUUAGUGAUGCUAGUGUGUCACAAGAUCCUGUACCUCAAAGGCGUGAUAGCGGUGGUGUUUGGGAGACUAUGUUAAACCGUGAACCGGUGCCUAUGAGAAAUGAAAGCGCUGGGGUAUGGGGUGGAGUCGGGUUUGCGGAUGCAACGCUAAUGUCACUCUUAAAUAGGAAACACGUUUCAUACCCACCACCAAUAAGCGUAGUGCCCCAACGAAAACUACCAAUGAUGGAAGUUCCCACGCUGAGAAUCCUACCAAAAAACCCUACGCCUGAGAAAGAUGCAGAAAAACACUCACUUGGAGAAACCUCGGAACCACCAGUAUCCGACCCAUCAGCCCCUAGUUUUACAGAAGAGAGAUUGACAGAAGAGGAGAGACAGAGAUGGUGGGAGAGUAAGAGAGAGAACGAGUUCUAUGCAAAAAGUAUAGAAGUUUUUAAAUGUGCGAAAUGUGUGGAGCCCUUUUUCACAAGAAGGACGUUUUUGGGACAUGAGAAGAUGCAUACUGAGAUGUAUGGCAAGCUGUCCUGUGACAUUUGCAAGCUGAGGUUCCACGCGGAGCCAGCCCUGGCGACGCAUAAGGACAGGCAUUACAGACUGCUGAAAUGUACGCGCUGUGCCCACGCGUGGGACACUCCUAACUCCAUGCGACGGCACUGCGAGACGGAGCAUUCGGUCCCUAUCACUCUCUGGAACUGCGACAUCUGUUCUCGCGAGUUCACUCGCUACAGAAAAUACUUGAACCACAUCCGCGGGCACGGCUGCGAGGAGUGCCCCCAGUGCGGGAAGAAGAUCUUCGAUCACAUGACCCGUAUGAAGUACCACAUGCUUACACAUAAGGACUUGGAACGGCUGUUCAAGUGCUCGGAGUGUGACAAGAGCUUCAAGUGCAAGGCAAUCCUGACUACCCACGUCGCUCGAGUCCAUACUGGCAAGGAUGACGUGAUGCAUUGCGCGCUGUGUAAUAAGCGGUUCAAGAACUCGUACUCAUACAACAACCACAUGAAGUACUCCGGCCAACACGUCACCAGCGAUAUGCUCACGCAUAACUGCACAGAGUGCCGCAGGGUGUUCCCGACCGGCACCAUGCUGCGCCGGCACAAGGAGAGCCUGCACAGCGACGAGCGGAAAUACGAGUGCCCAGUGUGCCACACGAUGUUCAAGUCAUCGGCCAACCGGACGCGGCACCAGCGUCUCGCACACGAAAACCACACCGGGCCCAAGGACAAGAUGUGCGACUACUGCGGGAAGGCUUUCAAGGUAUUAUGA